UCCAUCUUUGUCAGCCUUUGGUUUUCAUCCGAAGCUUCAUCUCAUCCAGAUUCCAAACCACCUACACAACUGCUGCAUAAUGAGUUUGCUACAAGGCGUGCUCAAAUCGCAAUCACAGACCCAUGAAUUGAAUGGACUCUAUCCAUCUUCCAGGCAAUCCCAGGCUGAGAAUGACUCAGACGAUGAGCUCGUUGGCGUGUUCUCACUACCAGGGACGCCAGCGAGGUCGAGAGGACCUUCACGUCCCUCAUCGCGCCCUGUAUCACCAACACGAAGAGGUUUCACUCGCUCUGCGAGUGCACUGCCAUUGAAGGGCCUCUCGAAUGACCCCCUAAAGGCAUUUCCAACUCAAGUAUCGCAAAACAUUUUCCGGUGGCUUGGGAUAUCUGAGCUUGCGACCUGCGCUAGGGUAUCGAGAAAGUGGAAUAAGAGUCAGACACUGAACUACAUUUGGUUCCAGCAUUAUAGGAAGGAAAACUUCCAUGACGAAACUCUUCCCCCCGGGAAGUGGACUAGAAGGGAGUCGAAACAGAAUUGGCGGAUAACCUACAUUAAAUCUGUGUCGAAUCGCUCGCCUCCAUCAUCACCGUUGCCUUCGAGAGGCUCAGGCCGCACUUCACCGUCACAGUCAGGCUAUCAAACGCCAAAAGAACUUAAAGAAGAGCAAUGGCGACAAGAGGAGCUUACGCAAAGCCGGCCAGGCAAGUUGGAGAUGAGAGAAAUGUACAAGGAGCUGGGUGGCCGCAAGAGCCGGACCAAGGGAAAGCUGGGAGGUUCUGGGGGUCAUAGAGACCGGACGGGUUGGGGGGAAGGAGACGACGAGUAACGUGGAAGACAGGGUAGUAUGUAGAUAUAAGUUUAUAACUUUCUUGGAAUUAUCGCAA